GGCUGUGUGGAGGAGUAUAGGCUGUGCUGUCAGCCCAGUGUCAGUCUGAUGAAGAUUGGCAUGCAGGCCCUGAUGAAAGAUUUGAAGAUCUAGUUUGACCAGCUUAAGUCUCAGCGUGAAGCUGUCCCAUGAUGCAACAUGUUUCCUCAACACCUGCAGUGACAAUGAUGGCCACCCAGAGUGUUCCUUCUCCAUCUUACCAAGAGAGCCAACAGAUGACAGGCACCACGCAGCAGAACAACAAGACCCCACAGGUCAACAUCCCAGCAGCCUCUGCAGCAGGAAAUACCUCUGUCAGUGUGACCCUUGACUCCCAGGCUCAGCUUGAUUCUGACAAGAGGGCUAUAUACAGACACCCAUUGUUCCCGCUGCUGGCACUGCUGUUUGAGAAGUGUGAACAGGCCACGCAGGGAUCCGAAUGCAUCACAUCAGCCAGCUUUGAUGUAGAUAUUGAAAACUUUGUCCACCAGCAGGAGCAAGAACAUAAGCCCUUCUUUAGUGAAGAUCCAGAGCUGGACAACCUGAUGGUGAAGGCCAUUCAGGUUUUGCGGAUCCACCUCCUGGAGUUAGAAAAGGUCAAUGAACUCUGUAAGGAUUUCUGCAACCGUUACAUCACAUGUCUCAAGACAAAGAUGCACAGUGACAACCUUCUUCGUAACAACCUUGGAGGACCAUAUUCUCCAUCCCAUACCAGUCUCAGCAUGCAGCAGGAACUAAUCCAGACCUCCUCCCCAUCCAUGACCUCUGUCUCCAGCUCUGGUAACCCUUCAGGAAGUGUGUUGUCUGUCGGAGGUCUGCAACAGGGCAGUGUCACCAUGACCUCUGUCAACUCACAAGUGGUGUCAGGUGGGACCUUGUACCAGCCGGUUGCCAUGGUGACAUCGCAGGGGCAAGUGUUAACGCAGGCACUACCUCCGGGAACCAUCCAGAUCCAGAACUCACAGGUGAACGUGGACUUGUCGGCUCUGUUGGACAGCGAAGACAAGAAGUCCAAGAAUAAGAGGGGGGUCCUGCCCAAACAUGCCACCAACAUCAUGCGCUCCUGGCUUUUUCAGCAUCUCAUGCAUCCAUACCCAACAGAGGAUGAGAAGAGACAGAUUGCAGCACAAACAAAUCUCACCCUUCUCCAAGUGAACAACUGAUCCACUGAGCAUGGACGGCCUCCAGUCAUUAUCCUCAGACUCGGCCACCUUGGCCAUGCAGCAGGCCAUGCUGGCAGCUGAGGACUCCAUGGACAGCACUGAGGAGGAAGAUGAAGAAGAUGAGGAGGAGGAUGAAGAAGAGGAGGAGGGCAUGGAGGAGGAAGARGAGGAAGAGGAAGSGGGGGAGGAACAUGACAGUGGAAGGCAACUGUCCAGCAGAGGAGGGGGAAGGAGAAAUCUAAAUAUGGAAGCAGGAGAGGAACUGGAGUAGUUUACCAGAGAGAGAGAGCUGUAUGAGCUUUGUCCUGGGUUUUCACUUAAUAUGACCYAUUUCACACUCAGCUAGUCUGGCCCUGAUGCUCUGUUACUCCUGAGGGUUUACGGCUGGAUAACAUUUUACAAGAAACUCAUCUGAGGAGCCUGGAAUCACAUACCAGUGAUUCUGGAGGACAAAAAGUGGCAAAGAAUUUGUUGUUGUAUUUUAUCACACUGUUUUUCAUACAGCAAGCYUUUAAAAUAUUUGGAGAGAUGGACAUUUUUGUAAUUCAAAGAUCUGUGGCCUCAUGUAUGAAGAGUAACAUGGUUUUCCUACAAAAAACAUGAGGUUUGUUUCAAUGGAGAAAAUGGCGAAUACACAAACUAAUCAAGACGUA